AUGGCGGCGACGCUCGCGGCCGCGUCGCCGCGUCCGCAGCCCGCUCGCGUCGCCGCGACCCGACGCGCGGGCCGGGAACCCACCCCGUCGUCGUCGUCGUCGUCGUCGCACUCUUCCGGAUAUAAUACAUUUGACAUCAUCAGAAGCCCGUCGAACGCGCGCGACGUCCGCGCGCGCUUCCGCGUGAAGGGCGAGCCCGACGCGCCGUCGAAGGAGGAAAUCGGCUGGAACGCGCCCCCCGGAAUCCCCCCGAACGCGUGGAGCGUCCGCAUGCACGUCCUCGCGGACGUCAUCGGCGACGACGCCGGCGUCGUCGCGGACGUCGGGUGCGGCCACGGCCUCCUCGCGAUCGGCCUCUCCACCGGCGGGCGGUGCGUAAAAGCAAUCGCGAUCGACGCGAGCGCGCCCGAGGUGGAGGCCGCGAGCGCGAACGCGCGCAAGGCGAGGGCGUUCUGCGGCGGCGACGCGUGCGCGCUCAACGUCGACGUCAGGCUCGGGAACGGCGCGGAGGCGCUGAACGUCGCGGACGCGACGAACGUCAUCGUGGUCGCGGGCGUCGGCGCCAAGACCAUGAUAAACAUCCUCGAAGCCGCGGCGCUCGGCGGCGACGGUCCCGGCGCGAGCGUGGAGCGGCUCGUCCUCAACCCGCCCGCGAAGGACGCGGAGGCGAUCCGAAGGUGGCUCAUGGACUCGAGCCGAAGAAACGCCCGCGGACCGAGCGUUUGGGUGAUCGACGACGAGCGUCUCGUCGUGGAGAACGAACAGCUGCACGUCGUCGUCGCCGCGAGGAGAGCGACCGCGACCCCUCAGGAAGAAGUCGACGCCGCGUCCGCGUCCGGCUCCGGCUCCGGCUCCGCGCGCCCCGACCUCGCGGACGUCGUGAUAGGCCCGGUUCUGCGCGCGUCGUCGCCGGAGGAGUCGCCGCUGCUGGGGUGUUACCUCGGGCAGAGGCUGGAGUGGACCGUGGACGCGAGGGACGCGGCGGCGGCGGCGGCGCGACGCGCGCGAGACGCGAUUGACGUGCCGACGCGAUUGGUCGAAAUUCGAGCGUUCGUGCGCUGGGAGGAGGCUGGGAAGCCGGAGAACACGUCGGAGGAGUGGCGCGCGGCGGAGUUCGCCGCCGCGCGAGAAGACCUCGAGCUCGAGAUCAUCUCCGGCGCGUCCCUGAACGACAUCCGCCGGAGGUUCGACGCGGAGACGGCGGGGGACGGCGACGACGGCGACGCGAAAAUCCGCGCGAGCGCCGACGACGUCGCGCGAUGGACGCGGGAGGCGCGGCGGCUCAACGACGCGGUGAACGUCAUAUGGGCGGCGUUGGGGUACCAUCGCACGUCCUCCGCGGUGGACGCGGCGCGGAGACAGAUCACGUGA